AUGAUGGCGAUGAUGAUGGCUGGCCGUGUGCUGCUGGUGUGUGCCCUCUGCGUGCUGUGGUGCGGUGCCGGCUGUGUUUUUUGUGAGAAAGUUUCGCCGGAUGGCUUCUGCGAUAAGAAAUCUGUGGAAUUGAGUUCACUGGCAAAUAAGACUGAUGAAGAGCUUAAGGAGAAAUGCUGCAAAAACGAGGAUGAUGAAACAACUUGUGUGAAUACGUUGAAGAACAAUAUUUCAGAUGCGAUGAAGAAUGAAAAGACGAAGGAAGACAACGCAGCUGACAGAGAUCCUAAAGUUGCGCAUGUUUCGGGAGUGCCAGUUGGCAGCUCAACAACGAAAUCUUCAACGGCUGCUGGCGUGAAUAAUGCCGGAGUGUCUCCUCCUAUUACCCCUCCUUUAAAGGUGGAAGGUGAUGUCGAUGCCAAAGUCCACAGCCCAGCAGGUGGUGCUAGCCACCAGCCGCAUUCCGAUGACGGCCGCAGUGAAGCAGAGAGAAGUCAUCACUCAGAGGCGGAGGGAUCGAAUCAACACAGCGUGGGCGUGCAAGGCGAAACGAUCCACAAGAAAGAAGAAAAAACACCAGAAACAGGAGUGAAUUUCACCGAAGCACGGGAUGGCACGGACGGAGCACCACCACCAUCACAGGAUCCACCAAAUACGACUGAAUCACAUGAGGAUAAAUCCCGGAGAGUGACUGCACCCGACACAACUCCCGCACUGAAUACAUCACCAGGCAGCAACCAGGAACAAACAUCCCAGUCCUCAUCUCCCAGUGGCAGUGACACCACCGGCAGCCUGGAUAAAGAGGACCCAGAAAAAAACUCCAAAAAUGCAGAAAUAUACGAUGCCCCACUGAAAGAUGAAGGACAACAGCGUGAGAGUACAGCUGGGAAUGAAGACGCAACAACAGUUGAAUCUGCCGCUGAGCAAAGUAAUACGACGGCACCUCGCGACAGUGACGGCAGCACCGCGGCAGCUGCAGCUGUGCAGCCUGAAGAUGGAAUGGAAAGUAAUCCGGCAAAGAAUGAUUUGAGCCCACCAUCCACUGAGGUCGCCGCAGAGCUCAGCACGGCUCCUGAUGCUGAAGGCGCAUCAAACAGCGAGGAGAAUACGAACUCUCAGAGCGUAGGAAAUCCAAAUGUAACAAUCGCCACCGCCACUCAAAAAAAUCAUACGACGAAGCCUGGCGACAGUGACGGCAGCACCGCGGUCUCCCACACCACCUCCCCUCUUUUGCCUCUUCUUCUUGUUGCUUUUGCAGCUGCUGCUGCGGUGGUGGCCGCGUGA